AUGAUGUUGUUGAUGGGGAUGAAGAUUAGCUUCACGAAGAAUCCGACAAAUCCCAUCACUACGAACCCUAUGGAAGUGCGUAUCGCAACCUUCGAGAAUUCUUCGGGACACCACCCGGACAAGAAAAAAAUAAAUUAGAGGGCAAUGUACGGGGUAAGAAACGGAUAGAUUGAAAAGCCGGAAGCACCGAUUCCUAAAACGAAUAGAUCACCCCAAAAAAGGGUGGGUGGACACAGAGAAAUGGGAACGUGGAUCGAGGAGUGACGUGAAAUUACCCUUGCGGUCGGGCUUGUGGCAGCGCUUGACGAGGCGCAUGCUAUCCUUGGCGAACUCCCUGAGGGGAUCGAUGGCGGAGUCAACCACGUCCAUGUAGAGCCCUAGAUUGAGGACCAGAUGGCGGUCGAAACCUCAGAAACUCGCCGGAGACGCGGGAAGAACGAUGCCCAGCCUUCGUCAGAACUUCGCCUCAAACUAUUUUAUAGGGGCCCCAGACACUUGUUCAAUUAAUGAAGUGCCACCUGGCGAGGCCGCUGGGCUUUCUCCGGAUCAUCUUGUAUCUCGGUUAGGUCCCAAAGCCCAUAACCACAAGGCAGUGAGCCCAAUCUGCUGGAAGAGCCCAACACGAUCUCUCUCUCUCUCUCUCUCUCUCUCCCCUCCCUCCGACUCGUUUACUUCCUACAGGUGGUGCCGCAGAGGCCUCCUCAGCCGGAGCCUAUUACUGUCGCCGACGGGAAGAGAGUGAGAUCCAACGGGAAUCUACGUUCUUCUUGGUCUUGCUGCCAUCUGUUCCUGCAACUCGCACAAUCUGCCGUCGCCGCCAGUUCAUGCCGCUUAUGCCGUGCAAUCACGGGGACUAUCACAGCUCCACGAGGUCGACAGUUAAACGUCGGCUGCGGGGCGCUGGAAGCGGAUCGCGGAUCGGCGAACGUCAGCGUGAUUGCAAAGCCAAGGAAUUGUGCGUAACCCCUGGGGUUCCCAUAAGUAUUCUGAAUUGAAACAUGUUCCAAAGAUAUCUGUAAAAGGACGUAUCGAUGAACUUUGGGAGCAACUCGAUCAAAGCAUUGAACCGUAGCUUAUCUAUUAAAUCCAAAGAUUUAAAUUGUUAGCUUGUAUAGUGAAAUUAUUUUACAGUUCGACAAGGAACAACAGAGUAAUUUUAUUUCGUUAUUCUAUUUUUUUCUUAAUUUUUACGUUCGUAACUUCUUUCGACAUUCAAAUGUUACCGUCAUUUGAAUGUUGCUAGAUUCACUACCUGUUGACUUGGAUUUUGACAUCCUUCAGAUGCAGGUGACCCUGGGCUCCAUAAUUGGCGUCAUUCAAGUUUUUUUCAGAAUAUAUGAAGGCUUUUCAAGAUUCAGAUUGAUGAAGUGAACAUGAGAUAAACCUCAUGAAGGUCAUAAAGCUAGGAACCUAGGAAUCGGUCAUCUUCAAACAUUGAGGCAGAGAAGAAACACUAGAGUGAACGUACUGAGUCUUACCUUGACCAGAUAUGACAAGCAGAAAAAAGGAUGCCCGUGCCUCGGGGAACCCCUUGGCACGCACGUUCGGCUAUCUAUUUAGUGAGAUUAUUUUUUCUGGAAUGGAGUAUUUUCAAUUCCCUUUUUUUGAUGAAUUUUCCGUAUGUAAUUGAGCCAGAAUGUUUUUUCUUCGUUGAAUUUAUUCCAUGUCGUAAUGCUGACAGCUACACAACUUCUUUCAAGAGGGAUUACCUUCUUGUUCAAUACCUGGAUCAUCAGGCACCUGUCUGAAGCUGAUUUGGCGGUAAAUUCAUCUGUAUUUUACUCCAACUUUUUUUUCUGUCUUCUGGUUAUGUGAGAUUAAAAUCAUGAAAUCCGUGUAAAAUUGCCGAGAAUGGGGUACUCUACUUUUUGAAGAUCGAAAAUUCUUCCUGCUCUCUUUUACUCUCUUUACUUAUUUUAUAAUAUCAGACUUUUCUGACUUAAAACUUGCACGGAAUGAAGAACAGUCGAGGAAAAUAUUUUCUGGUGAAGUUUAGUUUCCCAAUGCAAUCCUUUCCAGCAAUGGCUCAUACUGAUAUUGACUGCAAUUUUUUGCAAUUCUUGCUAGUGUUAUAGUUAUCUGUACUCCAAUUAGUAACUUUUAUUGAGAAAACCAAGCAGCAUUUUUAAGUACCAUUUGGAACGACUGAAUUAUUGCCAUACUUUCAGAAAAGUAUGGCUGAAAGUUGAAAGCAAAUUUCUGCAAAAUCAGAUUAGAGGUGAAUUUUCGAAACAUAUUACCUUGCAAGAAAGACUACCAGAAAUAAUAGAUUUCUAUGAGUGGGUCACAAUGGCUCUAAAGCGAAAAAUAUACAAGAUGGAACAUGGGACACUUCUUUAUACAUUUUAGCCGUUGCACGAAACUUGUCAUGAAUAUGUUGAUGGUCAGAGUCAAGUCCUUUCACGCUUUAAGACUUGUUUGAAGCUCUCUGGAUACAAAACUCGUAAUCUGUUCGGUUAAUUUCCUCUCUGAGAGAAAUGUAUUCCUAUCAAAAGUCUCAGGGAUCUGUGACAUGAUGAAAUUCCCCAAAUGUGUUUAAAUAAAUAUUGGAAUGCUGAUGAUAAGUGGGUUAUACACUAGCGUGUCAUCCCCUCUUGCUUAGAUAAUCUGUGGAGAAGUGUGAUCAUUAUAAUUAAGAUACUACGGUGGUGAUACUAGGUGCUUUCGUUAGUGGGUUCUUCCGGUGGAAUCAUUGUUGUUCAAGAACAUCUAGUUACGAGAAUAUAUCCCAGAGAAUGAAGAAACAGGAAAUGAUCAUUUUUCUUGGAGCUAAGCAAUGAAUUUAUAUCAAAAAUUAGAUCUUCUUCUUUUUUCUGGUGAUGUGCUUUCGAGAUAGCACCAAAUAUCUAGACUUUGGUAUACUAUUUAUAGCUUAUGAAUCUUAUUUUAUUUUACACCUAGAAAAGCAGAAGUUGUUAGCUUAAGAUUCUUGAUUGCCAGCAGUUAUUGAGUUCACAGUCUUUCAGAUAAUGAUUCCUUGUCAUCUGGGAAAAAAGACAACUAAUCUCUGCCCUUUGACUGAUAUGGCCUUUUUUUCCAUUUGCAUUGUCUAUCUAAAUGAAUUCCUGUUGGCUAGUUUUCAGUCAGACAUGUUUCUACUUUGUUGCCAAGUAAUUGUGACAUCAAUGAUAUUUCUUUGUCUAAUCAGGCAGCAAAGACUGCGAUUCAACAUUCUAUGUUUAUCUAAAUUGCUUAUGCUAUGAUUGCACCUAGAUCCUUCUAUCAUAAAAGGGCUUGUUUCUCCUAUUUCCUUGAAUUUCCUCUCUACAUUAUAUUGCUAUUACUGCAUUAUUCUAAUCACGUUAGUAUUAUGUUUUUUCUCUUCCUUGCAGCUGUAUACAAUAAAAUUCCAUGUUUUUAUCACAUUCAUAAUGCUUAGUCGGGAUGGCUUUCGUCGAGCUUGCCUUCGAAUGGAUACUACCUUAUGGUAAUUCUGGUGCCAUUUUCACAGUUUUGACCUUAUUGGUACAUCCAACUUACCAUUUCCAGACAUCCUAGUUGGUUUGUUGUGUUUGUAUAACAGUACUGAUUGCUCCCACUUUUUUUUGAUAACAAGGUAGAUGAAAACACAUUUCCAUAGUAAACGUUAAUGAUGCUUUUAUAACAAAGCUAAACCUCAUUCUUCCUCUAAUUUUUUUUAUUUUCCUCUGAAAAAUUGCAGAGCUAUGUUUUAUGGCUGUUUGAUCAAAUUCAAGUUUUAAUAAAUUAUGUACUAUUUUUUCAUGUCCGUUCUUGACUCAUUUUCAUUCAUUAAAGAAAAAUACUGCUCAACUUUAUUGUAGUGAAGGGGGGGGGAUGGACGCAAAUGCUUCCAAAUUAUUGAGAAUCGCUUGGUGGGCUCCACCUGUUGGCUUACUAUACACAUUUGCAAUUGUCACCUUUUUCUUCAAGUCUCAAGGCCUCAGUUUGCCCGACCCAUUUGGAUGGGCAAUCAUCAUUCAUGGUAAGCUAAUAUUUAGUUACAAGACUUGCAUAGGAAUGAUUUCAUUGAUAUCUGUGUCUGGAAGGUGAUUGACUAGUGGCUACUAGCAAUUAAUGGACCCUAGACAGUGUUAGUGCUUGUCAUUGUUAUUUUUCCGUGUCAUCUAUCUUAUUUAUUUGUGUGGAAUCUUGGUAGGCGCCUUGCAGUCUAUGUUGAUAUAGUCUGAUUAGUGUUCCAAAUAAUAUAGAGCAAAGAGAAUUUUACACUCUGAGAGCAUCUGGCAGUUGGAUACUCCAUACGAGUUGUUAUGUUUGGGUUUCAGACUUGACUGCAUGUUCUCAUAGAACGAGGUUCUCUAUAUUAAUGAUAUUAUUUUUCCUUUUUUUCGUUUAAUUUCAGCUGAUACUUCUGCAAUAAUAGAAUGGGAAUGAUUGCCACCCAAGGAAAUACUAAAACGAAAUCGAAAUUUUCCUUUUGUUUUCUGGUCUUGAACAUAUUCCCUAACCACUCUGUGUCCCAUAAUUUAUUGUUUAUACUUAUUUUGUGAACUUAUGUAGGGUUUGCAUGCAUGUUGGAGCUGUUGGCAGAACCCCUUUACAUUCUUUCUCAGAAUUUGCUUCUUCUGAAGUUGCGGUUGAGAGUUGAAACGAUAGCUACUUUUGUACGUUGUUUGACAACGUAUGUCCUCAUCUUGAAAACAGCUAAUGUGGUAUAAAUAUCAUUUUCUUAUCCAUUCAAUUUAAAUCUUAAUUUAUGUUACCAAUACGUUUCUAUUUUUUUUAUUCUGUUAGUGUCAUUUGGUAAAUGUUCCUUUCUAUAGAUACAAUGCAAAAUUUAAAUUUAUAGUGAUAUCUUAUGAUGAAGUUCCGUUUGAAAUUCAUGGAUUUUGGAACUAUAAAUAUGAAAUUAGCCAUGACCAUGCAUACGAACAACACUCUAUGUGAGUUAAAUUCUUUGACUGUAUUCUGAAUAGGUUAUUUCUUUAAAAGCGAGUGCAGUUUAUUGAUCUAAUUUUUUAAGAUGAUCCAUGUUCAGAUACACUGGAUUUGCGUAAGAUGUGCAGAUUGCCCAGCAAACACGUUAUAAAAAUGGGAUAGACAUGGGAAGCCACAUUGCUUCUUGAUAGAGCGCUCCUUUUUUAUCCUGACCUUUGGUAGAUUCAUUCAGGAUCGGACCUAGAAACGUUUAUAAUCAAAGUGACUUGGGCAUAUGUGUGUUUGAUACUCAUUUUAAAGGCUUUCCAUAAUGUAUUUAUUUUCAGGUGUAAUGUUCAGCAAUGCCAUUACAGCUUGUUGGCACUAUUCACUUUUGAUAAAAACAGUGGGGUCCGUAUUUAUCAAGCGGACACCACUGACUAUUUAGCAUUUCAAUGAGAAACCCUAGGAAAGGUGUUUGCUCUAUAUUAAUGGAGAAAAGAGGAAAAUGAAUUAGUUGGCAAAGUUUUGGAUGAAAUCAUAGUGCAUAAGUCGUUUCAUCAAGUCUCGUGCCUAAUGAGGUCAGGCUAAUGUGACACCUCCAAUGUGCAGCAAAGGUGCCUAUGCAACGGCGGCUUAUGCCCUGUCAAGUUAAUUGUCUUAGUCAUAGUUUAUGCCCGGCACCUCCCUGUGAAUUCACUACCACGAUUAUCAGCAACCGAUAAUAUUUCUCAAAAUUGUCACUUAUAAUGGACCAUGACACUCUCACAAUCACCCAUCACCAUUUACACUGUUCUAUCUUAUUGUUACUGUGAGCUACGCUCUCCCAACUCCAUUAACAUCAUGCACCACCUACCUUGACGCCUAUAAGCUGCAUUACACACUUGAAAACUUCCAAUUGCAACCACUAUUAAAUCCCUGCCAUCAUUCACCAUCAUUGUUGCCCGUCAGUAUGUUGCUGACACCACUAAACUCAUUAAUUAAUUUGCCUAUCUCGGAACUUUGUUUGUAGUGUUCCUUUCUAUUAACCUGUUUGUUAUCGUAUCCUAUUAAAAAAUUUCUUCUAUUUGUUUCAUGAUUUUUUCUAGUAUGGUACAACCUGUGUUAGGUAUUGUUUGUGUGUUCAACUGAACUAUCGUUAAUUCUUUCUGUCAAGACAGAAACGAAGUUUGGUUCAUUAUUUUAACAUUUCUCUUUUGCUAAUUUACAGGAAAAAGGGAUUUUGUUUGCUUUAUCUCAGGUUGCAUACGGCGCCUGCUUAUUUUUAGGCUACUGGGGUUAUUUUAUUUUCUUUCGUGUUGAUGGAAAAUCUCAGAUUUUUCCUUCCAGGUACUUUGUAUUGUCUUCGGUAGCUAAUAUACUCUGAGUCUUUAAAAUUGUCAUUACUGUGCGGAGCACAACGCUUCCAUGUUCUUGGCUUUUCUUCUGUUUUGCUCAUCAUGAGUCUCCAGAUGUGUUUUGUUCAUUUCUACGUGUAUGGUUGUGCCAUGUCUUCAUGUCUUUUCUCUGUGAUUUCCGUGAUAACAUGAUUAUACAUUUGUGCAGAGCCGGAAGCAUGAAAGAUAAUGAUGGCCAACUUUGGUUCCUGUGUUUCUUGUUUACCUGGCAGUCCCUACAAAAGUUUUUCCUUCAGGAAGGUGAAAAAUUGGUUCUCAUGUGGUUUGAUGUGUCCUUUGAUCAGGCAAUAUAUGGGCUUGUGGACAAACUAGGUGAGCCUUACACUUUCCUGGAUGGUACAACAUGUAAAUGUUUGAUUUUAUAUGCAUUUUGUAGAUAAAAUAAGGAUUUUAUUCUUUUUUUAUAUAUAUGUUUUCUUAUCCCGGUGACUUGUGUUUUCAGGAAGCUUAGUUGUGAGAAUGAUAUUUCUUCCUUUUGAGGAAAGCGCUUAUGCGACAUUUGCUAAAUUUGCCUCAGGUGAGGUGCAGGUUUAUUGUAUGUUUGGCUCAUUAUGAUCAUUUAAAGUGGCUUGCUAUAGAUGAUGUAUAAGCAUGAAAUUGAGAUAUGAAAACAUAUUUAUUUACUAUAAUGGUUGAUAUCAUAUUGAGGGGCUUGAGUAAGAGUUCUAACCUUGACAAGAGGCUGAUCAUUUUCAUUAGUGAGUUUUUUUAGAUAUUUUAAUUUUUUUGUUAUAUUAGUGAAUAUGCAAUGAACCCGCAUCAAACAAGUAUGGUCAUAAUUAUUGUUUCUUAGUACAUUAUUUCUAUGUGCUAUUGGGCAUACUCAAUAUCUGGAAAAGUUCAUUUAUUUCCCAGGACCCUGUUUAGGUUCUGGCCGACCAUCGAUUAUUGGGAAAAUGCCUUUCUUUGUGAUGACGAGGAUCAUGUGAAAAUAGGUUUUGUUCUAUUCUGAGUCUCGAUAUGCAUCAGGAUCUGUUGAGUUGACCCAUUGUCAGACCAGGAUAAAUUUCACUCUGCCCUGCUUCGUACUGGCUUGAAGUGAGUCACAUGUGACCUAGGUGGUAUCAUACAAGUUGCAUGGUCCAGAGGAUCAGAUCUAAUUGUUGACUCGUAAGACUCAGAGAACUUGGACCGAUGCAAUUUGAUGUGACAUGGUUUUGAAGAUUUACCUAGUUCGUAUUUUUGUAUGUUAGUGAACUUCGAUAUAUAAUCCAGUUUUCCCCUUGAAACUAGAUUUUUAAGGUAUGAUUCCAAUCUGACCUCUAGUGUCCAGAUUGAUAUCAUUCAGGCAUUGGGUGGUAAAAACGAGCAGAAAACCAGGAUGGUCAAGGAUCAUAUGUAAAUCACAGAAUAUUCCUAAAUGAGGAUCAACUUGCAAGAAAUCUAUAUGAGGAUGUUCUCUGUUGAGAUAAUUAUGUCUCGGUAAAAUAAAUUAUCGUUGACUUUUGAAUUGGCUUAAGGUCCCUAGCAGUUCAUAUUUUCUUUUACACUGAGUGAUUAUAUCAGAGCACCAUAAUACCCUUGAGGAUUUAUGUGGUAAGCUCAGAGUCUAAAAGGGGCCGUCAGUGGGCACUAGAGGAAAUCUCAAUUUGUCUGAUAUCCUCGUGGGAUGAAUAGUCAUCUCCAACGGGAUCACAGUGGAAAUGUUUGGCAAUGACUAAAAAUAGUAGUAUAUAGAGAUGAUCAGCACUAUCUAGCAGAGAAAAAUAGAUGUCAUAAUUAGGGUUAUCAAGCCUCACUAGAUUCAAACAUGCGCUUGAUAUAUUGGCAUCAGAAAUACCAAACGAAUAUAAAUCUCCCAAGACAACUAUAAUAUUCAAAUAUGCUUUUGAUGUUCUGCCACUGGAAACACAACUAUUAAAAUUAAGAUAUAAAAUAUUGAGGGUUCCAAUGAAUUGAUUCAAAAAAGCAGUUAGAUGCUCAAGCGGUUGGCAAUUUCUUCUUUAAUAACAUGGGUUAGACGGUGCAUGUGACUCAGAACAUACGUUUCUGGUGAAAUAGCUGAACACAGUUAGAAUAUCCUCUAAACAUUUGAGAAACUUGAAAGAAUGAAAGGAUUAUGUCCGGGGCUGAAGAAAAGGUCUCAAAGGAACUUGGUGACUCCUUAAGUUGAAUUCGGGUAAUUUGUUUCCGUAUUUCCGUCAAGAUUAUUGUCUGAAGAAAUGAUUUUUUUCCCCUUUAUCGGCUGGUUGUUCACCAAACAGUUUUUGAUGCACUUUUUGACAGCGUUUAAAAUAUAAAACUAUUUGAUCAACUAUUUCCAGAUUUGGAGAAGUUUGCUGCUCAGUAAUUGGUGUCUCUAUUUGGAAUGAUUCUGGUUCAUAUUUUUUUAAAAAAUUGUUUUUUUUUGGGUAAAUUUUGUUCUUCCUUCUUCAAUCACUUGCCGUACUUCCUUGUUGAAACAUGUUCUUGUAGUUAUCUUCGUCAAUGCUGGGUUUGAUUGUGUUGUGGCAGGGCAAUCACCCAAUCGGGUUCUGAGAUUGGGAAAUGCUCUUGCAGAUGCCUUGAAGCUCAUCAUGUUGAUCGGUAUGCUUUACCAUUAAUCGUCACAUUCCCUAGCUUCAUAAAGUUUCAAGUUGCAAAGUUCCAUCUUCAUUUCUGAGAAGGUUGGAUGUGUAGCCCGAAAGUUAUUAAACGAUGCUUAUCUAUAAGUCUCAGAUGAUUGAACUGGAAUAGUACAACUUUUUAGAGGACGAGGGAUCCUAAACCUGGCUCCUCACUUCCUGACGUGAUCUCCCUUGGGACACCUUGGGAUGACAAAUUGGAGGCACGAAGAAAAUAACUUCGGAAAUUUACGGCCCUAAGGAACCCAGCUCUCUUAAAACAGUUGAAGAUCGACCCCUUAUGACACUCCGAAAGCCAUAAGAUCCUCCUCAUAUAAGAGAAGGAAAAACUGAGAAUGGUUUUAAUUUUUUUUGCUUAUUUAAACAGAUAAUCUGUGGGAGUUGACUGCAUUCUUUAUUGUUAGAGUAGUGCGACUUAAACUGCAUCUUUUUGUUCAGGUCUAGUGGUCAUUGCAUUUGGUCCAAGUUACUCAUAUGCCCUCAUAAGGAUACUCUAUGAGAGGAAGUGGAGCGAUGGAGAAGCCUCUACUGCCCUUCGUUAUUAUUGCCUUUAUGUGAUUCUUUUGGCUAUGAAUGGUGAGUGCGCUUCAUUCAGUAUUCAUGUCGCCUGAAGCUUUUAAUGGUCAUUUCUUUUCAGUUUUCAAAAUUUCCAAGCCGAAGUUCUGCCUGUUAUGCUCGGAUACCUACUUUCAGGGACCUCAGAAGCAUUCAUGCACGCAGUUGCCGACAAAAGUCAACUGAAGAAGUCAAAUAAUUCCUUGGUCGUUUUCUCCGUGAUCUACAUGCUCCUCAACGUUAGCUUGGUUCAGCAUGCAGGAGCUGCGGGGCUUAUUGCCGCUAACUCCAUAAGUAUCCUUUUCAAACUUUAGAAGUAUAAAUCUAUAACCAUACAAUGCGUAUUUUCAUUCCUUGGUGUGGUGAGCCGAGACCAUCGCCCAUCAUCAGGCCCUCUACACAUCUCAGAAACCUCCUCAACCUUAGCGUCACAAAAGGACCUAGCUGUAGGAAAAGAGAGAGAGAGAGAGAGAGAGAGAGAGACAGAGACAGAGACAGAGAGAUUGUACCUUUCUGAGUAUCUGAGUGCAAAACAUAUCCUCAUUUCUUUGAAAGUAAUCCGAGCGCACCACUAGAUAAACUUAUUAUGAGCCUAAUUCUAUGAAUAGAAUCAAGUGUGCUGCUAGUUCUCUUCUUGACUGUGCAUGAAAGAUAUGAUACUGCGAAUCAUCUACUCUGCAAUAUUCAUCAAGCGUUUUUUCCAGGUGGGUUAUUAACCACGCAGGGUCUCUUUUCCCUCUUGAGCACUAGAUAAAAUGGAGCUCACAUUCUGUGUUCUGACUGUCGACAGGGUUCUUCCUAUUUCUCUUUCCGUCGCUGCUUGCCAUCGGGUUGGCCAAUACUACUCGUCUCAGGUACCAUAACUCUGGCUUCCGAGAGACUCAUUCUGGAUCGAGAGAACUUCUGGCCGACCCUCCUCGUCCAUCUCUCCGUCGGGAUCACCUGCUUCUGCACGUCGAUCAUCUACAUGUAUGCCUCUCUCUCUCUCUCUCUCUCUCUCUCUCUCCAUUAGCUCUGCCAUACGUAUCCAGUCCUAGGCUUCAUUCUUCUAUCUUGCACUUCCUUGUCUAUCACGGGUGUUGUUUCUGUGCCUUUUGAUCCCUAUGAGAGCUGAAUAAUCUACAGUUUUUCCUUCUUUUUUUUUAACUGUAUAAUCAGAGAAAGGGAAUCUUCUUUCGCAUCUACAGAAGGGUUCUUGUUCUGCGGAUAGGGACUGCCAAUCUUCUCCCUGCCUAACUCUGCCAUUUAUAGCCAGUCUUAGGGCUUCCAUCUGCCUCAUCCUUAUCCCUUGCACUUUUAUUUUCUAUUAUGGGUGGUUGUUUCCUGAGCCUUCUGAUCCCCAAGAACUGGAUAAUCUUCAUGUUUUCCUGGUUCGGCUCACCCUCUGGAAGAUCUAAUUCAUCCUCCAUUGUUGUUGGCAGAUACCGCCGAGAGAAGCUCUUCCUCACCAAGAUCGCCCGUCCUAAUCAGCACACCGACUGAGAGGAGAUUGCUCCCCACAAUUCCCUGUCUUACUGAGGAUAAUAAAUAACAAGAACAGAUCGAUGCGUCUGAGUUUCAAGGUGAGGGACUCUCUCUUUGUAGCUUAUCCAGUGCUAUGCAGGAUCCUGAACGCUAAUUUAGAAAGAGCGAAUCGGCCGAUUUGGAUCGAGGAAUCGGCAUGGUUCCUGGGCAAUUGAUCUUCCACCUGGAUCAGAAACACUGACUUUGAGGGAGAAUCGACCCGGUUCUAAGGGCGCUUGGUUCUCAGCCGAUCCUCUGCAUGGAUCCUAAAGACUAAUUUAGAGAGGGAAUCUGCAGAUUCAACAUCAAUUUAGAAAGAUUAUCAGCCGAUUCUGAUCAAGGAAUCUGCUUGAUUAUCUUUCUAAUCUGACGUUGAAUCUACCGAUCCCCUCUCUAAAUUAGUGUUUGGGAUCAGAUCAAGGAAUGAUUGGUAAUCUGAUCUUGAAAACUUUAUUUUAGAUACCGGAGGCAGGAGUUUAGAGAGGAAAUCGGCAGAUUCAACAUCAGUUUAGUGAUAAUUAGCCGAUCCAGAUCAAGGAAUUGGCUGAUUAUCUUUCUAAACUGAUGUUGAAUCUCUCGAUUCUCUCUCUAAACUAGUGUUUGGGAUCAGAUCAAGGAAUUGACAAAGGUCCAGUAGAUUCUAGUAGCCCGAUCCGCAGCUUGAAUCUUUGAAGACUUUAGUUUAGAUACCGGAAUUAGUGGGAAUUUAGAAAUGGAAUCGGCCGAUUCAGCAUAUGUUUAAAGAUAAUCAAUUGAUUCAGAUUAAGGAAUUAGUUGAUUAUCUUUCUAAACUGAUGUUGAAUAUCCCGAUUCUCUCUCUAAACUAGUGUUUGGGAUCAGAUCAAGGAACCGACACAGGUCCAGCAGAUUUUAGUAGCCCAAUCCAUAACUUGAAUCUUUGAAAACUUUAUUUUACAUACGAGAAUUGGCAGGAGUUUAGAGAGGAAAUCAAUAGAUUCAACCUCAGUUUAGAAAGAUAAUUAGCCGAUUCAGAUUAAGGAAUUAGUUGAUUAUCUCUCUAAAUUAAUAUUGAAUCUGCCGAUCCCUGGUCUAAAUUAGUAUUUGGGAUCAGAUCAAGGAAUUGACACAGGUCCGGUAGAUUCUAGCACCCUGACCCAUAGCCAGCAUCUUGAGAACUUGAUUUUAGAUACCGUAAUUGGCAGGAAUUUAAAGAGGGAAUCGGCAGAUUCAGCAUCAGUUUAGAGGGAUAAUCAGCUGAUUCAGAUCAAGGAAUUGGCUUGAUUAUCUGUCUACAUUAACCUUGAAUCUGCCGAUCCCUGCUUUAAAUUAGUGCUUGGGGUCAGAUCAAAGCCUGGAUCUUCAAUACUUCGAUUUAGAUGCCGGGAUCGGGCGGACUUGGGUGAUCCCAAUCUUACGAUGAAGCCGGCCGUUGUUUAAUUGUUUUUAUAAAACCUCGUAAAGUUGUUUAUUCCGGAAGCCCCUGGAUGUUCUGCACGAACUAGCAGGUCCCCCCCCCCCUACUGCUGAUUGAAAUAGAUGUUUGCUUCUAUGCCCCUGGACUAUUCAGAUUUUACAUUUUCACCCGGCGGAAAACGCUGAUGAGUUAUUAUUUUAUGAAAAUACCUUGAAAUUUGUUGUAUAUACCACUUUAGUCCACCUCGGCGAUCGGAUGUGAUGUUUAUUCUGUCCUCGGCGAGGUCCACACACACACGCGCACAUAGACGCACACACACAGACACACAAACGCACAGAGAGCCCGAUGAGGGACCUCGGGCAGGAAGGGUCACCAGAAGAAGGCAGAAGGGAUCUUCAGGGUCUCCAAGGAAACUUGGAGAAGUCGGGGCGCCGACUUUCCAUGUAGGCCGUCUUUCCCUCCUUAGCCUCCGUGGAGCCGUAGAACAGCAGCGUAGCUUGCCCGCCGAAAUCCUGAAGAAGGGGACACAACGGAGGGUGAGAGCUUCCAGAGGACGUGAUUGCGGAGAGAGGGAGUAGAGAGAGAGAUUGAUAAAGAGACGGAGGGUGAGAGCUUCCAGUGGACAUGAUAUCGGAGAGGGAAAGUAGAGAGAGAGAGAGGGAGUGUGAGAGCUUUCAGGGGACGUGAUAUCGGAGAGCGAAAGUAGAGGGAGAGAGAGAGAGAUUGAGACACCUGAAGACCGGCGUGGCCGUCGUCGGCGGCAUUUAUGGCCGAUUUCAGGACCCGGAUUGCCGUCGGGCUGUUCCUCAGGAUCUCGCGGCACCACUUCACCGUUUCUCGCUCCAGAUUUUCAAGCUGCGGAGGGGAGGAGAGGGGUGAAGGGAUAAGGGAGAGAGGAAGACCCUGAAGAUAUUCAGAACGAAAUUGGAAAAUCUCAGCUAACGCCCAGUUUCCUGUGGAAUAAGAACUCCAGAGUUGAAUUAAACUCGGAUGACCCAAUAGCCAGCCAUUUAUAUUCCAGGUCAAAGCCCAUCUGGGUUCGGAUUUUUCAGCUAGAGUGCCCUAUGUUCCACCUGAUAUUUCUACCCUGGAUAUUAAUCCAUGCAUUGAAGAUCGGCCCAGAAGUGGCAACAGCGUUGACCAUGGAUGUCGCCUUACCGGAACAACAGCGUUGACGAGUCCCAUUCUCUCCGCUUCGCGGGCAUCAUAGAAUCGCGACAAGAACCACAUUUCCCGGGCUUUCUUGGGCCCAAUCUGACGAAAAAGCGGAGAACACGAGGAGAUCAGGGGGUAAUCACCAGAAAAUCAUUCAAAUAAUCUUUUUCACGGUUAAAACGAUAUAAUUCCCAUCGAAUUUGGACAAAAAUGGCAAUCAAUCUGGGAAAUCAUUUUAAAAACCGUUCUGAAAAAUGAUACUUUCCCCGGUGGUAUCGAUUUCUUCAAGAUCAAUAAGAUGAACCAACCCCACUUAAAAACCCAAAACCCUUCACACACAUCUGUAGUCUGUAGCUUACCAGACGAGACAUGAUAGAGCUCCCAUAGCCUGCGUCAAAGCUUCCCACCUGCACAAGGGAGAUGCCGCUGUCGAUUGAAUAACAAAUGAAGAUAUUUGAAGCGAAGAACUAAUUUUCGCGUGAUUUUGCGAAAAUGUCUAUGGAAAUUGAAAUCUUCUGGUAGGUUUAAGACAAGAAUUGAUGUUGCACAGAUUUAGAUGCUGUUAAUUGCAGUGUGUUUAAUGAAGAAGGGAAAUUCGUGAACACCUCCCCUGAUGAAUAUGAUAUCCCACAACAACAAAAAGAAAAAUUAGACCUCUCCACUGAUGUAUUCUCAUCUAUCUCUGAACUUGCUUUCAGAGAACCGAGCUCAAAGCUGAUUGCGUCUUUAGAAGAAAUAUGCAUCCAUCAUAAUGCAAACCAAUUGGCUUGAGUCAGGGGGACCCAUUAAAUGUCAAAAUACAGAAGGCUUGCAUUGGAUCUAGGAGUGACAAUCAUAUGCUAAAAAUUGAGGGCAUCCUCGUGUCAGAGCGAGAUUCUACCACUGAGCCAUAUCCCCUUCACUCUCCUAUCAUGAAUUAGGCAUAAAAACCUAAGGACAAAGAAAGUCAACGCCCCUUUCGAUGCUCCUCACCAGUAGUUGUGUCAUCUUUUUUUCACUAUCACAAAUUACCGAAGAAACAUACAGAAGGGCUUUAAUUUCCAGGUACUCCUAUCAGAUAGGUCUUUGCUAGGAAAUUUGGUGAUGACUCGGUAUUAACAAUGGAAAUUAACAAUAACUGAAUAUCAGAAAGUUAAGUGCCAACACCUUUGGACCCGUUUGGCCGAAAACAGCAUUGUCAGCUGCUAUAGUUAAAUCACAAACCAUGUGAAGCACAUGCCCGCCACCAACAGCAUAUCCUGCAACCUGCAAGUGGGAGACGAGAUAAGUUUAUCUAAAAAAGAGAAAAUAACGACGUAUGAAUGCUAGAAAUGGAGGGUGCAUACCAUUGCUAUCACAGGCUUUGGUAUUCGGCGAAUCUGCAUCUGUACGCAGAAAGAAAAUAAGAUAAAUAUGGAUGUUCACAUUUAUUAAUAUUAAUGUAUUUUUUGGAACGAAAAAUUAAAAGGAUCCUCAAAACUUGUCUCACUUUGGUGGGAGGGAAAAUAUAGAAGGCACCGUAGAUAUUUAUAAAAUACUCAUACAUCGUACCAAAGAACUGUAGGUUGUUUUAGCUGUGAUACUCUUUGUUUAUUCUCUGUGAGAUAGAGCACAGAAAAUCGGCCUAGAUGCGAAGGAAGGUGUUAUAAAUGAUCUUCUAAUAGAAGGGACGACAAAAGACAGUUAAAAUAUAUGAGGUUCCAGCUAGUUUAGAGUAACAGCAGCCCAAUUCUUUAACACGAAUUUUGUGAUAUUGAAAUAUGAUUGAAAAAUAUCCAGCUACCUUAAAAAAUGGUCAAAACUUGAGGAAGGAAAAUUUUGAAUCGAUGCUAUUGAAGCGACAUAUAGAGGUGAUGCCAGAAACAUGUGAAAGAGAUGCGGAUAAGAACCUGCAGGUCCAGAACAUUGAGACGACCAGUCCCACCAUCGUCAACAUAUCCAUCAUCGCCCCUCAGUGACUGGUCACCCCCACUGCAAAAUGCUUCUGUUCCCUGUAAGAAACAGAUAGAGAAAGUAUAUAAAUAAAUUUUGAUUAAAUCGAUCCAGUACUUCAGACGUUCCGGGAAAAGAAAAUGCUAAGAUUGAUGAAGAUCGCUUUCCUCGAAUCUUGUCGUAAGGAAAUAUAAUGCUUUCUCUAGUGAUCAGGAAGAAGCGCAGAAUGAAAUGUUAGACUGAAAAACAGAUCCCAACUAUAGAAACCGAGCUCGAGAGGACCGAUGAAUAUUGUGAUUCAACUCAGGAAUUAGUUGUAAAGCGGUCAAAAUGAUGAUUCAGAAUGGAACAUCGGGUGGCCCGGUCAACCGAAAACAUACAAGGGGAGCUCUUACCUUUCCAGUAAAAAUGAUGACCCCGAUGGAUAAAUCGUCCCUGGCGUCAUUAAAUGCUCGGACGAGCUCCUUCACAGUCUGCGGCCGGAAGGCAUUCCUCCUCUCGGGACGGUUGAUCGUAAUCUUCCCCCGCAGGAACACAAGCAACCGAAAUCAGCACUCCCGACACGCACCAAAACGAUAAAAAACGGCAAAGACAAUUCUAUCCAGUUCGCUCGGCGCUGAAUCGCCACCAAUACAAACCUUGGCAAUACCCUCGCCGACGGCCUUCUCGUAGAUGAUGUCCACGAACGGCCUCCCCGACUCGUCCACCGCCUCCUUCCAAACGGCUUCGUGAGCAGCUACCUCGCCGUGGAUGCGGCGGUAGCUGUCGGUGCCGGCGGAAGUGGCGCAUCUCUGCACGGACGGAAUGUGGAGAGAGGCGACCGGCAGGAGGUGGCCGGCGAGCCGCGUUAUCCUCCUCUGCGAAAUGUGGAUGCUCUCCUCCAAAUCUCCGGCCGCCAUGGGAGAAGCAAUUCAGAGCUCGAGCAGGAGAGAGACGGCGGAGGCGCCACGGCGAGUGGUGGGAAGCUCUUCGCCCCUCCCCCCAAUUAUUUAUUCGGAUAAUGCCACAUGUCAACGCUGCAACUGUCGACAUUACGCUGUCGCUUCCAUUUUGAUUUCGGAAAAAUGCGGGUCUGUAGAGAUCCGUUUUAUAUUGUCAAGAUAAUCCAUGAUCGGACGGUCCCCAUCGAACGAGAUUCCACCGUCAUCCCGAUGUGACGGAUUUGACUUCUGAUCCCACCCGAAGCCGGUCACAGUCACCUUUUGCUGGUUCCCUGCCUACUCGCUAUCUUAUCUGGGCAAAUCUGGAAUCCUGAUUCGCGCGGCGAAUCUGAUAUGGACGUUGAACUAAAUAUUAUUAUUUUUCAAUAAAGAUGUCACUAUCCCAUUAAUAACCUAAUUAAUAUCCCUAUGAAAAUAUAAAGAAAAGGGUGGCGAAAGGGGCGAGAGAUAUCGUGAGAAGACUGGCGAAAGGCAUGAACAUCGCAAAAUUAAUUUAUUUUAUUUUAUUUUUAAAUGAUGCUUUAAUUAGGUAGGAUAUAAGUAUUUUUAUUUAUAUCGGUGUAAAUAAUAAUAAUGAGGGUCAAAAGAGAGAGAGAGACAGACAGAACAGAGAGGGGGGGGAGCUUGACAAAAUUGUUCACACAUUAUUUAAGUGUUUUCUACAUAGAAUAAUAUUAUCAAAAUAGUCAAUUUAUUGCAUGUUAAUUAUUCAUUAAUUUCCUUUAAAAAGACGAUACUGGCGUAAUUAAAAGAAAGAGAGUCACACAUAAAAGUCAACCCAUUGACCCAUUAAUAUACACAUUAUUCAACCUUCAGAGUAAUGAGCAGUCCCAAUGGAAUCCUCUCUAGGCUUUACAAGGGUCGAGCCCAUGACCCACCUUUUAGGCUUUCUUUCUCUGGUAUUGGGCCGGAGACCAUAAGGCCAUACGAGGACAGGCUGUCUUAGAUAUCAGGCCGAAGUAAUGUAAGAGGCCCAAUUAAAAUACUUUAUGGGCCUAAAUGGGCUCACACAGAUCCGGCGCAUUAGGUAAAAACCUUGCUGCUAGCGGGCCUUUAGUUUGGAGCCGAGCUGUCAGCCACGAAUCCGAACCGGGUGUCCACGUGGAUCCGGUUCAAACCGGUCGGUUCGCUCUCCCCGUUAUCUAUAUACGAGCGCUCUUCCUAAGCCUUCCGCGGGAGAGCAUUUCAGCCAAAAUAGAGAGCGAGCGACAGAGAGAUAUGGCCGCGCGGCUCCAAACCAGGCCUCUCUGUUCUCACUGCUCUCUGUUCUCGCUGCAGCCUCGGCGAGGGGCGUACGCCGCCACGAGACUGAGCGUGUGGCCGGGGAUCUCCUCUGUAAACCACCCCGGCGGGGGUCGGGGGUGUCUCAGAGUCUUGGCCAUGGCCAAGCGUCGGGUUUUCACAGUCCCUGAGAUUGCUUCCGGUUAGUACUGUGCUUUCUCAUAUUUGAUAUAUCUGUGUAAAUUUAUUUAUGGAAUUAUGCCAUUAGUACCCCUGUAUCUCUAACUUCAUCUAAGGUAGAGUUGAAUUCCUGUGGAGAAACAGCGGAAAAACUGAUGGGUAUGCCAUCCGUGUCGCCAAUCUAGAGAAACAUGACGCAGUGCAAAUAUAUGAGGGAAUUAGUGCCUGUCAUAUCGUUUGCGUAUGAGUGCUAUUGUUGUGGACGGUGUUGCCUUCUUCAAACACAGACGAUAUUCUUCAUCCAUUAUGAGUAAUGAUGAAUUCCCAUGGUAUUAUUACGGUCUUCGUAACUUCCAAAGUUUUUUUUGACAUGGAAGAGAUCCUCUCUUCUCCCAAGGAAACCUUAUAGCUUACUGUUCUGCUUUUAUUUCAUUUCUGUGCAUCAUCAAGUACACUUAAAAUAUGUUCAUAUAUAUAUAUAUUUAGAAUAUUUAUUUAAAUCCUUGAUGUUGACUAGCUAGAAUCUCUGCAUAGGUUCAAGCACCAAAGGUAAUCGACCUGAUCAAGUUUUCAUAGAAAAUAGUCCUGAUAUGGAUUUAUUCUUCCUUCUGCUAUGGUGUUGGUGGAAGUAGAUUUUUGUAUCCAUCUAAUAGCGUGAAUAUAUAAUCUUGAUGUCUUUUCGCAGCUGCCGACCUUCAGUUCGAGUCACCCUUGAAGAUUGUGGAGUAUCCUGAUCCAAGACUUAGAGCAAGGAACAAGAGCAUUGCCACAUUUGAUGACAAUUUGAAGAGACUAGUUGAGGAGAUGUUUGAUGUUAUGUACAAGUAAGUUUUUUUUGAUAUUUUUAUUUAAUUCUUCUGAGAUUCAUUCCCACUGGAACAAUAGUUAGCUUCAUAUUAUCGUUCUGUGAAUUAUAUAAACGUACUCUAUACCAGAAGCUCGAUUACGAGUUUGCCAGUCCAACAGUUUUUUAGAAGAACAAAAGGAUGAGGCCUACUCUGCCUCAUUAAGAGAAUGGUCUAUCAUUCCUUAACGUUAAUGAAAACGGCAUUGGGGAUUGUAACCUAUCAAAUCGCGGCUUCAUGGAUCUCGUACCUCGGAAUCUUGAUAUGGUUAAAUUGGAUGGUUUAAGAUCCUCAGUAAAUGCGUUUUGAUUAUCAACAUUUUUGUAGUUUGGGCUAUGAACUUGUAGCCCCAAGUUCAGUGAUAUUUAUGAAUGAGUAUCCUGAAAGCAAUUUCUCACAUUAUAUUCUAUGCUGCCAUAGUAUUGUUAGUUUAGUGCGCAGGUUAUGUUGUUCUUGGCAGUUUAGCCUUUUAGAAACUCCAAAAGUUCAGCAAUAUAUCUUUUAUUAAUUUUGGAAGUUCAGCCUUUGAUUAUUGUUAUUAUUGUAAUUUAUUCUCAUUUUGGCUUACGUUUUGCAUUUUCUGCAAAGAACCGAUGGCAUAGGACUCUCAGCACCCCAAGUUGGCAUCAAUGUGUUACUCAUGGUAUUCAAUGCCGCUGGUGAACGUGGUGAAGGGGAUGAAAUUGUCCUCGUAAAUCCAAAAAUUUACAAGUACUCCAAGAAGACUCUGCUUUUCAACGAGGGCUGCUUAUCAUUUCCAGGGAUCUAUGCAGAUGUUGAGGUGAAGAUUAAAUCUUCAACUCUUUGCCAUUAUCGUUUCAAAAUUUGAGUUGUGUUUUCUAUUAUUAUAGUGCAGUCAGACGAAAAUUUGCAUCUUCGUCAUUUCUUAUGAUUUGUGUAUUUGAUUACAUAGUGUUUGCCAAGUUUUUUGGAGGAUGUUGGGGUUUCUUCUAUGCCAUCUUGUUUUAGCAAGGAACUUGAGACGGAUAAGCAGAGGUUAAGUCAUGUUAAUUAAGGAAGCUGCCAUGAAGGCGUGAUUAUUGUUGGACUAGGUUUUAGAUUUUGCUGAUUCUAUUAGUUUUCUUAUUUAAGUCCAAUUUUGUUUUCUGAAGAGUACAUAGCCAGUUUUUUUUUUCUGAGAUUAUGUUCCUUACAUUGAAAUGUAUCCCUUCCACCUUCAAAAAAUCAUACCAAGUAGUACCAGAGCAGGGCUAAGAGAAGAAGACCACCUUUGGGACCGAAUUGAGUGCUUCAGAUGUUUGGAAUAACCGAUGAUGCAUUCUUCUUGAUUUAUGGCUUCUUUUGUACAUUGCACAUGAUUAGUCUGUUCCUUAACAAUUAUCCUAGGUCACCCAUUAAUUGGUAUCAUUAGUUAGAUAUUUUUUUCUGUGAAGUUCAAUGUAGCCUCUCCACUCAUACUUUCGGGGGGAUUGAUGUAGUCGAUUUUUUAAACCUUCUUGCAGAGACCAGCAUCUGUCAAGAUUGAUGCCCGAGAUGUUACUGGAGCAAGGUUUACGGCUAACUUAUCUGAACUUCCGGCACGUGUUUUCCAGCAUGAAUAUGACCAUCUGCAGGUCUUUUCCUAAAGAUAUCAAUGCCCUUAUUUUUCUUGUCGUUGAGUUGCCGGGAAUAUGAAAAGUCUGAAAGCGGUAACAUUCUGCGUUUCAAUUGGUGGUGCAAUUAAUAUUCUCUUUUGAAUUAUUAGCUGGGCGACAGAUCUACGCUCCAAUAUCAAGUAUCGGAUCCUGAUUCAAUCCUGUAUUUGCUGAUCUUGGCCAAUUCUGUUUGCCUUCUCCUUCAAAAAAUUCCAUUAGAGAGGAUCAGUUGACCCCACUGGAACAUAAAGAAUUCGUGGAACUGGUAAUGUUGUCUUGGAGCGACUUCCAUUAGACAAAACUUGAGGCCGAAGACCUGCAGGUCGUCGUUGUGGAGGCACCAUGGACUGUGAUGUUGUGUGGGAGCCGCUACUAGAAAACUGAACUCGAGUUUAUACAAGCUUUCAUCGUACCUUUUAUUAAAUCAACAAACCUUUGCUAUCGCAUCCAUGGUGCCCGUCUUUUUAGUGUAAUUGAGUGAGUUUGAGUUGACUUUGGAGACUUAAAGAAGACUGUGCCUGGCAUUUAAUGAAGUUUGAAGAUAAUCCAAGACAACUCGUAGUAUUCUUCUUUGUUCAUGAAAAUAGUGCAUUGAUCUCGCUGCUUACCACAAGUCAUAGAUCGAGAUCUGUGAAAACCUCUUUCUACGCUAUUAUCCCGCACAUAUCUACAUGCCAUUGCUCUACUUUCAGACUCUUUCUGUUGUUAACGUUCGCGAGAUUACUGCUAUUUAGGAGUGCUGACCACCGUGUGCAAAGCCCUCAAAGGGCCUUGUAGAUUUUUUUUCCUCCUCUCUUUAUAUGGGAUUAUUUGGAGAACCUGAAAUCUGGUCGACGCAUAGUCUGAAGGAUGGUUUUUUUUGUGAAUUAACCUUAUCUUAAACGCACCUGAGAAUUUCAUAAAGUGCAAGUCUUUGCACUCUGCUGCCCAGAUUUCUAUCGUGCUAAAGAAAGCGGUUGUGCUCUGAAUCCACAGGGAACUCUGUUCUUUGAUAGAAUGACUGAAGAUGUUCUUGACAGCAUUCGUCCAGCACUGCAGGUUUGCCAAAAUAUCUCUUUCUAUGUUUCCCAAUCUUUCCUUUCUUCAAUGAUCUCGUUGUUUGAUUGGUCGCGCCUGAUCCUAUCCAAAUAACUUCCAUUUGAGCGACAAAUAAUCUGCGAUUAUUUUAUUCCUGGUUCAUCGAAGAUAAUAUAUUUCAUAAAAGGGCAACUACCCCACCUGCGUUUUGGAAAAGAAAAGAAAACUGAUAUCAUGCUAGACGUUUAGGUGUUAGUUGUGAGGACAGGAAGAGAUCUAAGAUGUGAUCUACUGCGCCCAUUUGCUCUUCUUCUUGAUCCGGCGUUAUCUUGUGGAGCUAAAGUCAUUGAGAAUACUCCAUUAUGGACUAGUGGGUUUCUUUGCAAGAAAUAUGAUUCGUACUCAUGUUUUUAUGGCUCCAGAGUCUCCUCUAUUCCAAAAAAUAUGCUUAGCACAUCCUUUUAGAGUGAGAAAGAGAGAGAGAGAGAGAGAGAGAGAGAGAGAGAGAGAGAGAGAGAGAGAGAGAGAGUAGCUUGUGACACUGAUGAUCAUUUUGGUGAUGAUCUCAUUUUCUCGCCCAUUUUGAUGUAUUCGGUGUCAUUGCUUCUCAUAUUUCUCUACAAUUAUUGCAGGCCCUGGAGAAGAAAUAUGAAGACAGGACCGGGGUUCCUAGCCCUGAAAGAAUCGUUAAUUACACCAGGAAGAAAGAAGCCCUUGGUUUUGCUUAGCCACGAUCCUUCCUACCCACCUCCCCUGUAAAUCAGGUGAUUUAACCUGGUCAGUCUAAUUAAAUCCAUAUAGCCUUUUAUUAUUAUUAUUAAUUUUCUUAAAAUCCUAUUGGUGGUCAGGCUUCUUCUUCAUGGAAAAUUAUAUGGCCUUUCUAUGGAGAAUGGCUCAGUGGGGUAGAUGAAGAUGUUCAUAGCUACAGGCUCCUCGCUGCUCAUCUUUAAUCAGGAGGGAUCGGCAAGCUCCAGCAUUUUUUACACGUCCAAGAUUGAAUCUUUUUGCGAGAAGCAGAUAUUCAUCCGUGUCUGGGACUAGUUGUUGUAUCAGAUCUGUAAUCCCCAUUGGCGAAUUAUCGAGAUCGAAGCAAUUUCUGAAACCCGUUCUUGCCAUAUUUUUUUUAUAUUUUUUAUGAUUCCGUGGAUCUAGGAAUUGGAAAGAAUUUCAGGGAGUUAAUGGUCUCUGCGAUCGAUCUACAGUUGGAAAUCGAGCUUCCGUCACCUCCACGGUGCUGCGUCCCAUCUCCCUCCUCAGCUCCGGCGGGGGAAUCAUCUCCUUCACCGCCGCCGAGGUCUCUGGUUCAGCGACGGCGGCGUAGAAGCCGGCGACCUGCAGGCACGCCGCCGGCGACCGGGGCUCCGUGUCCAUCAGGGCCGCCGCCGCCCUCCUCCCCACCUCCUCCUCCCCGUGGACGCCGCAGCUCCGCAGGACCGCGCUCCAGGCGGCGGGAUCGCGGCCAGUCCCCGGCGGCGCUCGCUCCACCAGCUCGGCCGCCUCCCUCACCAGCCCCGCCCUUCCGAGGAGACUUGCCAUGCAGCAGUAAUGGCGGAGAUCGAGCUCUACGCCGUGCUCCUCCGCCAUGGACUGGAACAGGCGCCGCCCCUCCGCUACCAUUCCGGCGUGGUCGCAGGCGGCGAGCGCGCAGAGGAAGGCCACCCCGUCGAGUUCCUCCUCCGCUCGCCGGUGGAUCAUCAUCUCCAUCAGCGCCACUGCCUCCUUUCCCAGUCCUUGCCGGCCAAAGGCGGCGAUCGCCGCCGUGAAGCAGAUCAGAUUCGGCUCCCUCGCGUCUCCGAGGGCCUUCCGGGCGGCGGCGGCCCCGCCGCCCACUUUCGAGUAGGCGCUGAUCAGAGAGGACGCCACCGCCGCGUCGCCGGCGAGCCCCAGCUUCACUGCCCAGCAAUGGAGCUCUCCGACGGAGACCAAGCUGCCGGAGGGGGAAGACGAAGAUGAAGAUGAAGCGGCGCGCAGAGUUGCAGAGAGGGUGACCUCAUCGGGGAUCACUCCUUCCUCUGUCAUUAUCGCGAAGACCUCGAAGGCGUCGUCAAUGGCGCCGCAGUGGACGAGGGUGGUGACGAGGGAGUUGCAGGUUUCGAGGGAUUUCUCGCCGGCGGCGGCUUCCUCCUCCCACAGGGCGGCGGCGCUCCGGGCGUCGCCGCACUUGCCGUAGGCGUCGAUCAGCGCCGACCGGAGGAAGACGCUGCCGCUGUGGAACCCUAAUUUGAGGGCCACGCCAUGGAUGAGAGCUCCGAGGUCGAGAUUCCUCGUCCUGCUGGAGGAGUUGAGCAGCGCCACCAGGGACCGCACGGAGGGCCGCUUCCCCGCCGCAAUCAUCGACCGGAAGAGCUUCAGAGCUUCCGCUAUACGGUCGCCGGCGGCGUUGACAGCGACGAUGGAGUUCCAGGAGAUGACCUCGCCGGCGGCGAUCGCCGCGGCGGCGGCGGCAGCGUCUUCCCGGAGCCCGCAGGCGGCGUAGAGAUCCACCAGCGCGUUCGAGACGAAGAGGUCGCCGGCGACGAGCCCCCGCUUGGUGGACUGGCAGUGGAGCUGCUUCCCCUCCGGCAGGUGCCUGCCGUCGCUGCAACCAUGGAGGAGGUAGCUGAAGGAGACCCCGUUGAAGGAAACACCUCUGGAGAUCAUCUCGGAGAAGAAGCUCAGCUGGCGCUCCGCCGGAAACAGGCCGCGUAGGACGGAGUUGCAGGCCGCCGUCGUCUUCUCCGGCAGCGCCGCCAGUACCCGCAGGGCGAGCUCCGGCAGGUGCAGGUUCAUGUUCAUGUAGAGGCCCACCAGAGCGGAGCCCACGAAGGGGUUGCUGUCGGUGCCGAGGAAGACGACCCUGCAGUGGAGCUGCUCUGCCUCUCUGAGGGAGCAGCCGGCGGCGGCAGCGAGGACGGAGGAGAAGGUCCGGUGGGUCUCCCUGACGCCUGCGGCAACCAUCCUCUGGUACAGGCGUAG